ACCGCAUCCAACCCCAUUGACGUGUCUCCCGGAGCCAGAUGCGCACUCGAUACAGCACCUCCUCUGUCCGGCAAUGCUCUUCUUCCGCAGAAAUGCCGUGAAUUGCUUGACCCGGAGCUGUGUCUCCACCGUCGCCCACAACUCCCCCAGGCUUCAGCCAGCCUACACACUCCGCCAAUGCCGCGAGCCGGAUAUAUCAGGCGCCUCUUCUCGGCGAGCCUUUUCGCACUCAGGCAGUGUGUGCAGAAAACAGGAGCAACUGCAGAAGGAGGAGACGCCACUGCCUUCUCCUUCCUCCGACCAAGACGCUCGCGACUCGGCUGGGAAGCAGGACCACCGGAAGCCGAGGAAGAGCGUGGCCAAGACCUCAUCCCUCCGGCGAGUGGCGGUAGAGGCCCAGAGAUCGAGGGGCGGGCUUGUGAAAGGCAAGGGCAACAAGCGCUUCGUUGACCCAGAUGUCGCGACCAAGACAGUCACGGCAUACUGCGCAGCGGAGCAGUACGAUAUCACUUCUGCUGCCAAACUCGUUCAGGACCAAGGGUACCAACUCGACCCGUACCAAACCGGCUUGUUCCCGCAAGUCAUACACGUGCAGACUGCGGAACGAGCGUAUAACGUAGCCUUUCCGGGGCCGGGAGAUAUCUUCAUAUUCCCCUCUGGCACAGUUGUUAGUUGGAAUGUCCCUGAAGCCGAAGCUGUUGGGUUUGUCCGUAACAUCUUGCCCGCGGCAGCGGAGGGGUCACACUUGAAUCUAGUAGAGACCGAAGAUCUGGAAUACCUGGAGGACCCCUCCAAAGAGACCAGUGAUAUCGUCGGUGAUACGAUCAUCUUGGGCACUAAGGCAGAAACCCAGGAUUCCGAGGCUCGUGAAGAAUCGACCGUCCGCCAACACAGCCGCACGUUGACUGCAACAAAUGAGACAUCGUCUCUUAGUGAUGGCGGCACAGACCAACGGCAUGAAGUCGAUACCAUCCUAGCCAAGAUAGCCUUUUCUUCUGGUUUGGCCCGAUCUACGAAGCUCGCCGUGUUGGAGAGCCUCCUCAGUACCUAUCAACAAUCGACACGCUCCAUACCAGCAAUGCUAUCUGGGGACUCACAGACCCUCUUGCGAAGAUCGAAACUGCCCUUCACACGAUCCUUCAUCCUCCGCAAAACUGGUGAAUUGCUGAGCAUAAGAGCUCAAUUGAACCUCUAUUCGGAACUCACUGACUCCCUCCCCGAUAUCUUUUGGGAUAGUAGACACGAACUCGGGCUUGGAGAGUAUUACGACCAGGUUGGUCGUGCUCUAGAUGUGGGAGUUCGUAUCAAGGUCCUGAACGAGAAGAUUGGGUUUGCUCAAGAGAUUGCGAGUGUGUUGAGGGAGUCGCUCAGCGAGAAACACGGGCUUCGAUUGGAGUGGGCCAUCAUAGCUCUCAUCGCUGUAGAGGUAGUUCUAGAGUUCUACCGUCACUGGAAGGACGUGCAAGAGAGAGAUGAUCCGGAUAGCACGGAAACAUUGCUACGAGACUUUUUGAAAGAAAAAGGAGAUAGAGUAGCGUGUUGAAAACCUAAAAGAUAGAUAGAAGCGAAGAUACCCCACUCUGAUUGCAAAAGACUACUAUUCCCGCUGUACG